GUUGAUGUAGAUUCCGUUGAAGAUGCACGGUUGAUUGAGCUUGAUGAGUCACAAAAAAGUGAACACACAGUGUUCAUAAUGCCACCAGAAUCUCCUGCUGAUGAUGGACAGGAGCGAGUGCCAAAAUACAGCUAUAAAAACUUCCCACGACUAGAUUUCAAGCUCUUUGACAGGCCACAGGAGCUCAAGCUCUCCUUCAGCAGACACCGAGCUGGAAGCAGCAUUUCAAAUAGUCCAGCACUCAUGGCAAAGAGGACAAAACAGGAGAUAAAAACAGCCCAUAAAUUAGCCAAGAAGUAUUACGUAAGCCCCCCACAGUGGGCUAAGUGUCUCUUCAGUCAUAGUUACAGCCUAUGGUUUAUAUGUCUGCCAGCCUACAUCAGAGUUGCACAUCCCAAAGUCAAAGCACUGCAGCAGGCGUAUGAUGUUCUAAUUAAAAUGAGGAAAACUGAUGUGGAACCACUAGAUGAGGUCUGCUACAGAGUUGUAAUGCAGCUUUGUGGACUGUGGGGUCAGCCUGUUCAGGCUGUGAGAGUCCUCUUUGAAAUGAAAAAUGCUGGAAUACAGCCAAAUGCAAUCACCUAUGGUUAUUACAAUAAGGCGGUUUUAGAGUCUCCUUGGCCUAGCAGUAACCGCAGUGGCAUAUUCCUGUGGACAAAGGUACGAAACAUAGUUCGUGGCACAGCACAAUUUAGGCAGUGCUUAAAGAAAUCAACGCAGAGCCCACAAGUACCUGUGAUAUCAGCUCUGCGGAGUACCACAGGUGGAAGUGAUGGGGACAUGGUGAGCCAUGGUAGCGUGGAUAGUUCUAAUGAUGCUAACAGUGGGGAGCACACUCUCUUCGUCAGUGACUUAGUCAGGCUUGAUUCCAUUGAUAAUCACACUAGCACAGGUGGUCAGUCAGACCAGGGCUAUGGAUCCAAGGAUGAACUUCUAAGACACAAUGGGGAUAGUCUUCAUGCAACUAAAACACAAGUAGAGAAAGAUAUUUCUUCUAAAGCUGAAGACCUCAUAGGAGAGUUUUGUGCUGAGAAAUCUGAUGAAAAGCAACCGCUGAAUAUAGAAACUCAUAGUCCAACAGACCCACCUGCUUGGGGUAACAGUAUUGUGAAAGUUCCAUCAGGCGUUUUUGAUAGCAUUGGAAGGAAAAGCAGUGGUGAAACUGGUUCUAGCCCACUGUUUAUAACUCAGGAUUCAGUUGAAGAUGUAGUCUUCGGUGAUGUUUCUCCUAAGAAAACAAGUGAAAAAGGACAGAAGAGGCAGAAACUGUUUUCAGAGAGAAGCUGCAGUUUCAGCAGUGAAAGCAGAGCAGGCAUGCUGCUGAAAAAAGGCAGCUUGGACUUGCAUUCUAAAGAAAUAGCAAUAAUGAUGGGAGCAGAUGCCAAGAUCCUAACAGCAGCUUUAUCUGGGGCCAAAGCUUCACCCUCUCAUAGGAAUAAAUCCCACAGCUUUGAAAGUAUUGUUGACAAGCAGGUUUCUGGUGUAAAUGGCACUUGGAGUUGUGUGACUGAGAGUGAUUGGGAAUUGGAGCGUAGGUCUUCACCAGUGCUGGAAGAACCUGGGGAAGGACAGGAGCAUCUUGAGAAUGGAAGAGAUGAAAACCUGACCGCUGUGGAAGACAUGAACCUUGAACAGUCAGCUGAGUCCAAAAACCAGAAACCAGAAUCCAAAGAUGCAACUACUAAAAGGAAUAGCUUUUAUGGAGUGGUUAAGCCUAUAGAAAGGGAAGAUGUUGAAGUAGGCUUGGACCCUUUAUCUUUGCUGGCUACUGACAGCAUGCAACCAAGGCAUCCAGAACCUGAGGAAAAGUUGGUGUCACCAGUUGCAGCACGUAAUUUGGCAGAUGAAAUAGAGAGCUAUAUGAACCUGAAGAACCCAUUGGGUAAUAAGUUUCCCAGCAUGGAACUACACAAGGCAGAUAGGGAAGCAGAAGCCUCUGGUACACUUGGUCACUCCCAAGAAAGGAGGUCAAGCCUGCCUUUGGAUCCCAUCCUGCCAUCCCCGGAGUUAUACGAAAAUAGAAGAAGUCCUUCUGUCUCCAGAUCCAAAACAUUCACUGGACGACCAAAGCAACAAACCCAUCCGCGAGUUCAAAAGGAACGGUCUUCAUCUUUGACAGGACUGGGUCGUUCUUCUCCACAUGGCUCAUUAGGAUCUGUUGUAACAACUUUAUCCCACCUGAAGUUAGACAAUAUACUGUCUGGACCAAAAAUGGAUGUUCUGAAAUCAGGCAUGAAGCAGGCUGCCAGUGUGGCCAGUAAGAUGUGGGGAGUUGUAACUUCAGCAUAUAGCUACUCAGAUGAUGAGGAAGAAAACAAUCGACCAGACUUUAACUUCCCUGCUGGUUUUGAAGAUAAUGUUUUAGGAGAUAAUCUGUCAUCAAGAACUGGAGUCCCAGGGCUAAUUACAAAUGAGCUUGCACAAAGCACUACUAGUCUUGGCAGUAGCAGUAGCAGUGGAGAUGUAGGAAAACAGCAUUACAGUGCAGGUGAAGUUUCAUUCCCAAGAAGUAUGAAAGUUCUAGAUUCUGAGAAGUCAGAGCACAGCUCUUCACAUAAUACUAGUUUAUCCAGCAUUUUCCAGAACUAUGCAAUGGAGGUAUUGAUGUCAAGCUGCUCUCAAUGUAGAGCUUGUGGUGCUUUGGUUUAUGAUGAAGAAAUUAUGGCUGGAUGGACAGCAGAUGAUUCCAACUUGAACACUACCUGUCCUUUCUGUAAAAGUACCUUCCUACCUUUACUUAAUGUUGAAUUUAAAGACCUACGUGGCUCUGCAAGCUUUUUCCUGAAGCAAAGUACCUCAGGAGAUAGUUUACAGAGUGGCACCCUUCCAUUAACCAUGGAUCCCCUGGAAAAGAAACUAUUGUCCAGUCCAGCUGUUGCUGACUUGAUCAGUUUUUCAGAUCACCCACAGUCCAGCCACGCCAUAGCUGAAGAAACUAGCUCUACAGCUGAGCAGAGUGAUGUGGCAGAAGAACAAAAUAGAGAUCCCGGAACCAUGAGGACAUCUGCCAAUAAUCCACCAAAAAGAGGAGUGUCCUUGACUCGGAGCCACAGUGUUGGAGGUCCACUGCAAAACAUUGAUCUUUCCCAGAGACCAUCUCAUGGCAUUUCAACAGUUAGUCUUCCAAAUAGUUUGCAAGAAGUUGUGGAUCCUCUAAUAAAAAGAGCUAACCCUCUCCCUGUAUCUGUACCUUACUUGAGCCCUUUGGUACUGCGUAAAGAGCUUGAAUCACUGUUGGAAAAUGAGGGAGAGCAAGUAAUUCAUACAUCCAAAUUCAUCAAUCAACACCCCAUAAUUUUCUGGAACCUAGUUUGGUAUUUCCGACGGUUGGAUCUACCCAGCAACUUACCUGGACUCAUUCUAACAUCUGAACACUGUAAUGAUGGAGUGCAGCUUCCUUUGACAUCUCUUGCUCAAGAUAGCAAGCUAGUAUACAUCCAUCUUCUGUGGGACAAUAUCAACCUCCAUCAAGAGCCAGGGGACCCCCUGUAUAUAUCUUGGAGAAAUCUCAACUCUUCAGAAAAGAGACCCUCCACAGUGUCAGAAGAUCAGCAUGAAACAUACACUUUGUUGGAGAACAUCAAACUAAGUAUUCAACACAAUAAUGUUGAAAAACCAAUCAACCUCCUUCUACAGAAAGUUAAGCCAGAUGUGAAACGACAGAGGAGUUUCUACAGAGAAAUUCUUUUCCUGUCUCUGGUGUCUCUUGGAAGAGAGAACAUUGACAUUGAGGUCUUUGAUAGUGAAUACAGACUUGCACAUAAAAAUCUACCAAAGGACGUUCUUGAAAAGAUUCAGAAAAUAGAUGCUCCACCAAGCAGCAGGGUUGAGUGUUGCAGGAAGUGCUUUGGAGCACCUUUCAUAUAAAAAUGAGGAACAGAUGCUACACUUCAGUGAGACAAAAGUAGAGGUGAACAAAUGAGGAGCAUGGUGGUAUAUACACUUUGAAUCCCAGAAGGUGAUAAUUGAGCAAUUUGUCAAAGCAGUUUCAUUGAGCUACAACAUAU